AUGCUCUCCUCCGCAGCCCCCAAAAGGUACAAGUUCGACCCUAGGGGAAAUCUGACCCAAGUAAACUUCCUCGCGUGCAAAAGCGUCGUCCCACCGCAGAAACACAUCAACUCGAAGAAUAGCCUCACCUGCUCCACCAGCAUAAUCCCUGAGUUCCACGAGACGACACACGACUGCACCACUUCCAAGAUGGCUAUGUCACAGGAAAACAUUUUCGAAGCAGAACCGAUAAGUACAAGCUCCUAUGCACAUGGAGGGGGGGGACGACCCUCCUUACUCAGCAUGAAUAUGAUCCAUAGUGGCAGCGGUGGAAACGAUCCAUCCCAGUACGGACCAGAUGAGUAUGCAAACGUGAAUAUGAUGCAGACUGGAUUAGCUGGGCCUCAAAUGAACAACGCCCCAUUGAUUUUUGUAGAUGGAGCUCCGUACUGUCCACAGGACGUAGGACAAGGAAUGGACCCCGGAGUGGUGGCUGUGUCCAAUGCUCUCUUCGCAUACAACAGCGCGUUUCAAUCUAUUCCCAUAAAGACCUCUCCCAAUGUAUUUCGACGAAGGACAAAGGGGGAAGGCAACUCCGAGUGGUGCAAUGCCUUUGUCACGAGAGUCGACCCCUGCGAGUGUGGAGACCCCGAUGAACAAUUCAAGCCCUACGAGGUCACCAAGUAUUACGACGACGGCCAGGUGAAGACCGUCUUCAACUUUGACCAGGACUCCGCUCCGCAGGAGCAGCCCCUCUGA